AUGAAAAUUUAUCCAUCUUUUUUAAAAAGUAAUAACUACAUGCCAACAAUAUCAAAAAGCUUAAUUUUACGUAUAAGAAAUGAAAAGUAUUUGUCAAUAAGACAAAUCAAAGAUUUGUAUAGGGUAUUUAAACAUAAUUCUGAUGGAGGUUUUAUAGAUCUUGACAAGUUCCGUGUAUUAUUGGGCCCUUUAGAUGAUGGGAUUCUGUCGCAAUUGAUAUUCAAUGCAAUGGAUUUAAAUAAAGACAAUAAAUUAGACUUUUAUGAAUUAUGCAAGGCAAUAGGAAUAAUGAUUUCUGGGACGGACGAUGAGAAGAUGGAAUUCUCGUACAAAAUUGCUAUGGGUGUAGGUUUUGGAGACAAAUCUGAGUUAUGUAACUAUAAUAUAACUGAAAGUGAUGGUAUCACCUUUGAUCAACUGCUAACACUAGUUAGGAUUAUAGAUGGUGCUAGAUACUCACUUGCUGGUCCUCAUAUUUCAACUUACUCAGAUAUUGAAAUAUAUAAUGUAUUUAAGAAGUUUGCAACUUUAAGUAUAGGUACUAAUGAGCCUAAAAUAUAUCUCAAUGACUAUAAAUGUGCUAUUAAAGAGUCUGUAGAAUUCCUUAAUCUUUUUGGAAUAUCAACACCAUAUUUAGCUGAAAAUUUAAGGGGAUCUUUGGGAAUAAAUGGAAACAUGCAGUUUUAUGGAAGUAAUAUACUAGAAGAGACAGAUCAUGAAUAUAUCACUGAUCUACCUCUGACUAUUAAGAAUUUGAAGAGUACACCUUUAGAUAGUAUUACAACUAGGGCAACGAUAGGGAUUAACUCAAAUUUAUUUGAUAGUACUGCACUUUCUGAUCAAACUAGUAGUAUACUAUCAAAUAUGAAUGAUAUAAAAAGUGAAAUUGAAGAAACAUUGCAAUCUAUCCAAGAUAUAAAAAAUGAUGGGAUGACUUACAAUAAAAAUGAACCAAAUUCUGAUUUAAAUAUUAUGACAUUUAGCUACAAAUGCAGCAGAUCUGAAGAACUUAUCAAAGGUGAGAAAUUUAAUGAUUUGCUUUGGAUACUAUAUAAACAAUUAAUAAAUAUAAAGACACAAAUAGAAAACCAAAUUGAACUUUUGAAAAACUUACCAAAAAACAAUAUACAGGAAAUUAAAAGAUUAUCUAAAUUACCUCCUUCAGCAUAUAAUAUUUCAACUUUUGCAACCAUGAAGAUGUAUAUUAAUAAAGGUAAUGUACUACCUAUUACACAUAAUAGAUUAUCUGCUAUCCGAAUAAUCAAAAAUUUACAGAUUAAAGGCAAAAAUACACAUAAAGAGAAAUUUAAGCUUGAUAAUAAGGAAAAUUUUAGUAUAAAGGGAUGGGAUAUGAAUAAAAUAACAAAUAGAGUAUCACCAUAUAACUUAUUAAGUAAUGAUAAAAUUAGUAACUUUUUUGCAAUUUCAAAACAUAACUUAGUAAAUCGAGAAAUGAUAAAAGGUUAUAGGGUAUAUUUUGGGCACGGAAGUUGGAAUACUGUAUUAAAUAUGAUGAUUGGAAUGAGAUUAGCAAUAGGACGUAUCUAUUCUGAGCCUAAUAGAAAUGUAGCAGAAUAUGACUUUUUAAUGAAGGAAAAGUUUGUUAUUAUUCCUAGAAUGGAUAAUAUUCUUCAAAGCAAAAUUGCCAGAUCAUUUAGACCUGCUAAAAGAUUUUUCUCUAAGAGGCCAGUUCAAUUUAUUGACUAUAACCCUAUGGUAUUUAGGAAAAUCAGAGAAAUAUGUAAUAUAUCUCCAGAGUCCUACAUUAGAAGUGUUGGUCCAGAACAACUUUUGGGAAAUAUGGUACUUGGUAAUUUAAGUUCAAUGAAUGAGCUAUGUAGCGAAGGGAAAUCUGGUGCAUUUUUCUAUUACUCAGCAGAUGGAAGAUUUGUUAUUAAGACAGUCAAUAGGAGUACAGCUAUUUUUUUUAGGAGAAUACUGCAUGAUUAUUAUAGACAUCUUGAAUCAAAUUCUGAUAGUCUGAUAACUAAAAUAUAUGGAUUACAUGCCCUAAGAUUUAAAAAACCUUUAUUUACAUGUAUUAAUUCAGUUGAUAAGACAUUAUACAAUGACUACUCUGUAUUAUUCUCUCGUGAACAUAACAAGAUAUACAAAGUAUAUUUUAUAGUGAUGUGUAAUAUAUUUCAUACUCCGGUAGAAAUUCAUAGGAGAUAUGAUCUUAAGGGUAGCUGGAUUGGAAGAUGUACUCCAAUAAUACAUCAAACUGAUCAAACUAUAGCCCUUAAAGAUAUGGACAUGGUUAAUAAAAAUGAAUUUAUACAAGUAGAUGAAAAAGUAAAACAAAAGCUUCUUGAUCAAGUGACAAGAGAUUGUCAAUUUUUACAGUCUCAUCAUAUUAUGGAUUAUUCAUUAUUAUUAGGGAUUCAUUAUGUUAACUCACAAGAUGAAGAUAAUAUCAAAAAUAUCGGUGCAAAUAUGGAACUUCAGGAUUUUGUGGGAGCUAUUUCGACAGAUAAAAAGAAGAUAUAUUACUUUGGAAUCAUUGACUUCUUUACUACUUGGACUACUAUUAAAAAAGCAGAAAAAUUGUAUAAGACAGUUGUGCUUGGAUCCUCUACAGGAAUAUCUGCAAUUAAACCUGAAGCUUAUGCUACUAGAUUUAUACAAUUCCUAAUUUCUAGGAUAUCUUCGGGAGUUUAA